AUGCCUGGUACAACCUCGAAGCCUCCAACCAAUGAGUCUGAACUAUCCGCAGACCUUUUCAAAGAUGAAAAUCUUGAACUAGAUAUUGAUGAAAUACUCAAAGACAUAGAUAAAACGGAGGGUGCGCUUAAGGAACUUGACGACCGACUUGAUAAUUUUAAUGCAAAAAUAGAUGCAUUACUGAGUGAACAGCCUACUGAUAAUUCUGAAGUUAUGCCGACGACAGAGGAAUCUAAGGUAACAAACAAAAAUGACAAAAAUGAAUUUAUAAUAGAAGUUGAAUAUACGAUUAAAAAUCGUUAG